GCGGCCGUGGUCGGCAGCAGGUGGGCGGGGUGCGGGCGGCGGCGGCGGCGGGGCCGGGGGCUGCCGGCUGCGCUGGGAGCGGCGUGCGGGCGCCCGCCAUGGACUUCAACAUGAAGAAGCUGGCGUCGGAUGCGGGCAUCUUCUUCACCCGGGCGGUGCAGUUCACAGAGGAGAAAUUUGGCCAGGCCGAGAAGACCGAGCUCGAUGCUCACUUUGAAAACCUCCUGGCCCGGGCGGACAGCACCAAGAACUGGACAGAGCGGAUCCUGAGGCAGGCGGAGGUGCUGCUGCAGCCCAACCCCAGUGCCCGAGUGGAGGAGUUCCUGUAUGAGAAGCUGGACAGGAAGGUCCCCUCGCGGGUCACCAAUGGGGAGCUGCUGGCUCAGUACAUGGCAGAGGCGGCUGGCGAGCUGGGGCCCACCACGCCCUAUGGGAAGACACUGAUCAAAGUGUCAGAAGCUGAGAAGCGCCUGGGCGCGGCGGAGCGGGACUUCAUCCACACGGCCUCCAUCAGCUUCCUCACGCCGCUGCGCAACUUCCUGGAAGGGGACUGGAAGACGAUUGCGAAGGAGCGGCGGCUCCUGCAGAACCGGCGCCUGGACCUGGACGCCUGCAAGGCGCGGCUGAAGAAGGCCAAGGCUGCGGAGGCCAAAGCCACCUGUGAGGGAGAUACGGUGCCUGACUUUCAGGAGACUAGACCUCGUAAUUACAUUCUUUCGGCCAGCGCCUCUGCGACUCUGCCCGCCACGUCCCGCCCCCCUCCCGGGGCCGAGCUGAAGGAGAAACCUGGAGGGUGGAGGCCACCCUGUUUUUUUCUUUUCCCACUGGCCCCCAGUGUGGCUCCGGCCCGAGGCUGCCUUUCUCUGCCGGAGGACGGAAAGCUUUGGAAUGACGAAGUGGACAAGGCUGAGCAGGAGCUCCGCGUGGCCCAGACGGAGUUUGACAGGCAGGCAGAGGUGACUCGACUCCUGCUGGAGGGGAUCAGCAGCACGCACGUGAACCACCUCCGUUGCCUCCACGAGUUUGUCAAAUCUCAGACGACCUACUACGCCCAGUGCUACCGCCACAUGCUGGAUCUGCAGAAGCAGCUGGGCAGAUUCCCAGGCACCUUUGUGGGCACCCCCGAGCCUGCCUCCCCACCCCGGAGCGGCACCUCGCCCGCCACCGCCGCCACCAUGCCCACCGCGCCCGCCGUGGCCAGCCUGGCCCCUGCGGGAGAGACCCCGCUGUGCCUGGAGGAGGUGGCGCCCCCUGCGAGCGGGACCCGCAAGGCCAGGGUGCUCUACGACUACGAGGCGGCCGACAGCAGCGAGCUGGCCCUGCUGGCCGAUGAGCUCAUCACCGUCUACAGCCUGCCUGGCAUGGACCCCGACUGGCUCAUGGGCGAGAGAGGCAACAAGAAGGGCAAAGUCCCUGUCACCUACUUGGAACUGCUCAGCUAAGCCGGCCCUGCCACCUGGCUGGUCUGUAGGCGACAGCUGCUCAGGGUGAAGACGAGCCCCAUUCUGCCCCUGCACCCAUCAACGGGCUGUGAGGGCGCCCUGGGCCAAACGCCUGCCCCUCCACCAGCCCUGCUUCUGAUCUGUGGCUGAGGCCCCAGCUAUGGCUGCACCCCUGCACAUCCAUCCUCCCCGCCCCCCAAGGGCGGGGGGCACCGCUCGCACCGCAGCGGGCCCCGCACCUGCUGGAGGCACCCUUGGCAUGAGGACAGCACCUGCCUUGUAGUUGCCAAAGGCCGAGGGGGCGGCGGGCAGGCAGGGGGCGUCCCCGGGGCGGGGCAGGCGCGGUGCUGCCCCGUGCCCUCCGUGGACCCCGCCGAGGCGUGGCCGCAGCCUUCCCUGCUCCACGCUCACUUUUUAACUGGGAUUUUUACUUCUGCCUGUCUGCUUGCUCUCGGCCAGUGGCAAAUAAACCCUCCUUUGUGUG